UUCAUUUCUCACACAUACAGAAGCUAUCCCGUAUCUCUAGCAGGGAAGGAACUCAACUCCCCACCCUGCCGCUCAGCAGGUGAUGAGAUAGAAGUGGGAAGUAAACAAUUGCAACUCCAUUUGUAACUCAGCACACCUUAGAGUGUCCCCACACGAACAUCAGGAGAGAUGAAGAAGCUGAACAUGGAUUCCUGGAGAGAAAUGUUUUAUGAGAAGAUAGAGGAGGUGAAGCCACAAGACAACUGGGACCUAAAGAUGCAACAGAACCUGGAUUACAAUGACUUGGGACCUGGCUGGAAACAAUCACUGCAACAGCAUGCAUUUGCCAGCUUCCAGUGCUCACGGUGCCAGCAUUUCUGGGCAUCAGUUCAAGUGGUUAUUCUGUUCCACAUGUACCUGGACCUGCACAGGAGAAAAGGUUGCGUGAAGAUGAGAGUCUUUAGACAAGAAUGUUAUGAGUGCUCCAAGGGUAAGUUAGAAGAGCCAGAUUUCCAGGAGGAAAGCGUCCAGAGGGUCUUGGAGAACUUGGUCAUCAGCAUUAGGGAGAAAUGCUAUGGAGAGUACGUGGACCACACCCAGUUAUCUGAGGUUACAGUGAUAGGACAGCACUAUGGACCACAUCAGAGUGACCAUUGUGAGGCUUGUCGGUUGGGAAUACAUCAGAGGCCCAAACGCUCAAUGUAUUAUGGAAGACCCAAAGACACAGUGUACCAUGGGACAUCCAAAGAGACAAUGCCACCAGUUCAGCUACCAUCACACAAUUUACCCCAAGAUACGAUUUGCUGUGGUUUCAAAUUUUGCUGCGUUUUCUGUACUAUUUGCAUUUUGAUUUUUAUUUAUAUGAGCAGUUGGAUACCAAAGCUAGUCAAAUAGUGGGGGUAACCCCCCCCCCCCGAUUCAUGAAUAAUUGCAAAUAUAGUCAGCUAGUUUGGUUUGCUCUGAUUGGUGCAUUUGUAUUACUUAUUUUACCUGAGUGUGUAGAUAAUUGCUGGGUAUUCAAGAACAUUUUUGAAAGUCCCCAAAAACUUCAUGAAUUCUGGUGGGAGUGAUUCUGCGUCUGAAAAUUCCAACCAGAACUACAUCAUUCAUCCCUCUCUUUUCUCUCGUUAUUGUUCUCCGGUUUGAAAACUUCCAGUUGGCUAAUCAAGGAGCAGAAACACUACCACGUGACUUAGGUGACCAACCACACACCAGGAGUAACAAAUGGCUAAAAUGAAGUUUGUGAACAGCCCCAGAGACUGAAAUUAUUUGUCUGGACUCUUUGGUAAAUCCAAAUAACCAACACGUUGGAUCCAUGAACCCAGAAAGGAGCAACGUUAAUAAUGAACAUGAUUUUUGACGACUGGUUCAGCUGGCUCUAUCUGUUACCUUCCCGCUUUUUAAGGCAUUUGACAUUGAAAGCUGAACAACAGGAGAGAGUCUGGAUUUAGCAACUGAACUAUUUGAGGAAAGAUGGGCCAAAGGAGAUGAGAUAAUUCAAAAGAGAAUCAUAGCAAUGUCAUGCUGGAGGGGAAGUCAAGAGGUCAUCUAGUCCACCCCCACCCCCUCCAUGCUAAGGCAGGAUAAAGUAAACCUAGACCAUCUCAGUUAGAUGUUUGUCUACCCUACUUUUAAAACCCUUCAGUGAUGGAGAUUCCACAGCCUCACUUGGUAACCUGUUCCAGUGCCUAGCUGUCCCUAAAGUUUUUCCUGAUAUCCAACCUAAAUCGCCAUUGCUGCCAACAAAACCCAUUACUUGUUGUCCUACCCUCGGUGAACAUGGAGAACAACUGAUCACCGUCCUCUUGCCUUUGACAUAGUUAAAGAGAGUUAUCACAUCCGCCCUCAGCCUCCUCUUCUCUAGACUAAACAUGCCCAAAAUUGUGGAUGCAACUUUUACAAAGAUGAUACGGACCCCCAGUGCAACUCAUAACACCGACGGCUUCGCUGCGAUGCAGUCAAUUACCUUCUGUGUUUCUCACCCUUCUUUCCUCUUGUGCAGGAAAUGAAUUGUUCCGUCAAUAAUUUUGUGUCUCUUUCAAAAAAAGUGAGUAACUGAAAAAGCCAAGGUGAUGGGAAGCUCCGUUGCUGUCUCUUUAAACGCCAUAAUGCAGGUUGGGUAGUCACAAAGCCACAUGUGUAAUGUUGUGGUUAACAGUGAAGCAACUCUUCGGUUUGCCCUUGAGACAGGUUGUUCCUGUUGACUAAUAUACGCUGACUAGCAUACUUAGAUUAGAUGCUGGUAAUACCACCCGCAAUACAUGUUCCAAGCCUUUAAGCUUAUAUAUAUAUUAUUAAGCAUUAAUACAGCAGUUAUAUAGCCCAGAUUGGCCUGUAACUUUAUUAUGAUCCUGUUCACUUAUGCUAAGUGUCCCAUAACACCUCUCAUUAGCUGAAAUUAACCCUGGCUUAAGUAGAUGCGCAAACUGUCGGGAUCAGGACAUGUGAGCAUUGCCUCAUAGCUAACGAGAGGGAGUUACCCUGACAAGCCUGUUUAUCCUGGUACAGGCCUAAAGGGUGUCCUCAUGCCCCUUAAUACCUGGAAUGCAUGUGGUCAGAAGAACAAAAGAUACACUAUGGUACCAGGAACAAACAAGGUGAAAAGCUGAUUAAUGAUAUCCAGUUUCCGGUGAUGUACAUACUAGCUUUCACUGGUAAAUAAGUAGGGUAUAAAAAGAUGGCUUUAGGGAUGUCACUUUGGGGCGCACACAUGGCACGGGGCUGCUCUGCGGAGACUGGUAUCAUAUAGAACCUUUCUCUAGACCAUCUUAAUAAACCUGAGUGACAUUGAUGGUUUAGUCUCUUGAGUAGAUUUCAUAAUGAAACAAAGGGUGGUGAAGCAACUGACUAGACAAUUUACCCACAGUUCUAAGGCUUCUUUUGAGGCCUGGGUUCAGUGGUUCCUCUCCCUGGGCUGAGGGGUGCGGGCAUCGGCGUACCCAUCACCAACUUCUUUACCAAAUGAGGCAGGGGCUAUCUAGCCUCAUUCGCUUCUCAGGCCUGCUUCGUUCUCCGAGAACCACCUGUCUUGUGCACUGAAAGAAGCAGAGGUUCUGGGGAAAAUAUAGUGCCCGAUCAUGUAAAUUACAUUAUCAUAACUUGUAGGCACAAGGGAGCUGAAUUAAAGCUGCACGGGCGACCUUAGCGCUGGCAUUUCCGGAGUUCAGGAUGUUGCAAUCAAUGUUUCAAAGCUCCCGCUCUGGCCAUCUCUCUUGUAUCCCAAGUGCAGCGCUGACUCGGCUCAAGGAGGUGGGCAUAGAUAAUCCUCGCUUGUAACCGUUCCCUGCUACAGGCAAUCAGAGAUGCUGUUGCAUGGCCUUGCUUAGUGCAACUGUGCGGCACUCCCACAACGUGCUCUUCUGGUGAGUUUCCUGCCCUCCCCGUGGCAGGCCCCCAUUCCCACCCUCCCAUCCCCCUGUUAGGCUGGGUCUGAAAGGUAAUCUCUGUCCUGAACCCCGAGGAGAGAGGCAUCAAGCAAAGUAAAAAAAAACGAGGAGUCCUUGUGGCACCUUAGAGAUGAACACAUUUAUUUGGGCAUAAGCUUUCGUGGGCUAAAACUUAAAACUAAAGCUUGUGCCUUAGUCUCUAAGGUACCACAAGGGCUCCUUGGUUUUUUUGCUUAUACAGACUAACACGGCUGCCACUCUGAAACCUAUCAACCAAAGUGUUGCCCUGAGCCUGUGCCUGCAGAUGGCGCCCAGCACCCUUAGCCUGAGAUUUUAUUCCUCCCAGACAACACUUUAAACCACCCAUUGCCUUUGGGUUACGACUGACUCAGGGACAGACUUAACCUAAAAACAGGAGGACUUGUGGCACCUUAGAGACUCACAAACGGAUUUGAGCAUAAGCUUUCGUGCGCUACAGCUCACUUCAUCGGAUGCAUUCAUUUAUGCUCAAAUAAAUGGGUUAGUCUCUAAGGUGCCACAAGCCCUCCUUUUCUUUUUGCGGAUACAGACUAACAUGACUGCUACUCUGAGACUUAAUCUAGAGAAGCCUGGUUCAGUUAAAUCUCCAUCCGGGGUCUGUGCUGUUGAAGUGCAAGGCAAUGAACGUUCCUUCUCUCAUCUCAGUUUUGCCCCUUCUGCCUAACUGACCCCUACCAACCAAAGCCACAUCGAAAUUAGUAAAAUCGAAACAAAUGUUAACCCUAUCCCUGAGUUUUUGUCCUGAAAAGGGAGAAGUGCCAUAAAAUCCACUUUGGACUUUGCUAUUGCUAUUGAUGGUACUUGGAAAGUGAUCGCAUGCUGCGAUGGUGGGCAGUAGUACAAAACUCUAUUAGAUAGCUAGAUCCUCAGAAAUAUUCCUCGGGCCUUGCACACAAUCCAGCCGGAAGCAACCGAGUCUGCAGUUAGUCAAACAUAUGGCUGGCCUAAUUUAAAGGCUACCGAAAUCUCAUCGGGGCAACCAGGGUAGAGUCCCGAGCUCCGUGCUCCUCUGUAUUUUACCUACUAGCCAGCCAAGGUAUUUGAAAAUUUCUGCUGGACUCUUUCAGCUGUGAGAAAGUUAUUGUGACUGAGAGUUAAUUAUCCUGCUUGCUUUAUACUAAACCCAGUGCACACCGUUGGGCAUUCAAACUAAGCUGAAUUCUUCUGUGACUCUGUCUUUCAAGCCAAAGUGGCCUUUUGGCUGCUAAAAAGUGGCCGGGGACUUCCCACGAUGACUGUGUUUGUUGACGCUGUUUCUUAGCUAUCGAGCUUCAAAAAUACACAUCCAGUGAAACAUAACGGGCCAAAGUAACCCCUGAUGAAAGGCCACUGGCGCCAAUGAUUUCAGCUAUUCCACUGCAACCAAGAGCACAAGCCAGCUCCACGUUGGCAGUGGGGACUUUUCUGAGGUUUUUUGUUGGGCAGGAGCAGCUGUGUUCCUUGUUUCCAUGAAUAACGUGUUUCCCGUUGCAUUUGCGGGUGUGAAUCCAUGUCUCCUGAGCCCGUCCCGGUACACAUGCACACUCACACAGACACUACCCUCUCUCUCGCACAUGGGCCGAUUGUUCAUGUACGUGCAGAUGAGACAGAAAUGAAAUGACACACUAAGAGCUCUGACAUAGGCCCCUGGCACCUGAGGCCCCUCUGGCUUUAGGAGACUCCCCGGGGUUCCUCAGUGGAAGAAGGGGCUUGGAGCGGAUGCUGAUUUCAGCCACGCUCACCUUCCAUCCCCUCCUUUGCUGCACCAGGCACAGUGGGUGACCAAACGCCCCACCACUUGUGCUCCAGUGUUCAUUCCCACUGGCGGGGAAAGGCCAGGAAAGCCCCACUCCCCAGUCCAGAGGUUUGGCUGCUGGAACAAUGUCUGGGACUAAACGGCUCGGGGGGCUAGGCCCGGCCAGCCCCCUCGCCCAGAACAAUACCGGGUGCUGUGCCUCAGAUUCUCCAUUCCAGUCAAUAGGAGAGGGACGUCCACAGUCCCCAGGCAAAGCAGACCGCCCAGGGUUUUGCUCCAGCUCCGAUGUCGUGGGGUUUGUGCUGCAUCCCGUCCCCACCUUCCGAGGGGGCGGGGGGGGCGGGUUGGUAAUGACAGCAUUGCUCAGCGCUAGUUGUGAUGCCCCUUGUCUCCGCUUGGAACGCCCUGUCUGUUCCAAAGCAACACCCGACUGUGGGCUUCCAUGUGCACCAGCCCCGAGUCUAAUCACACUGUGCCCAGUGGCAUUCCUGGGAUGGGUGCUAUCGAAACGUACCGACCCUCAUUUUCUUUGCUAAAAAAACGUUUCUUCAGAUAAAAAGGAGAUUUUAAAAAACCUCCGGUUGUUGUAGGUUCUCUGCCACAGACUCCUGGUGUGACCUUGGCAUGUCACUUACUCUCUCUGGGGAAAGGAUGAAGAUCGUUGCUUUGUCCCACUCUUUGUCUAGACUGCAAGCUCUUCAGCACAGGGCCUGGCUCUUGCUACGUGUUUGGACAGUUCCCAGCACAAACUGGAAUACAGAUGAUUCAAUUCUGAACUCAGCGGCAACAGCGGAAACCUGAUCAACCCUCGCAGUGGUUUUCUGUCUAAUUUAAUCGGUCUGUCUGUAGGCAUUUUUAGGGCAGUAUCUUUGUGCCAUUGACUUCAUCUGAGUAACUCUGGUUUUACCCUGGUGUCCAUGAGAUCAGAAUCUGGCUCUAAGUCCUUCCAACUCCCCCUUUUAAGAUUCAGCUCCCUUUGGCAAAUGUCCCAGGAAAGGAAUUUGGUUUCUUUUGAAGUAAAGCUUUCAUCCCCUCCUGCUCAAGAAUCUCCCAGAGUCAUUCCCUUUCUUCUUCCUUGACUGAGUUUACACAAUAAUAGAGGUGGAGAUCCAGAGCUGAAUUUUGCAGCAGAGCCAUGCUGUUACCCAGCUCCUCCGCUAUGGCCGAGGAACACAGUUACAGCGUGUGUGUGUGUGUGUGUGUGUGUGUGUGUGUGUGUGUGUGUGUGUGUGUGUGUGUGUGUGUGUGUGUGUGUGUGUGUGUGAGCGCGCAAGGGUCAGUUACUGCCCCUGGGGAUCAGCUGGCUAUUCCCCCUAGGCCAGCAGCAUGGCAGGGUGGGAUAGCAAGCGCACACUCAGGUUCUCCUCCUGAGGCUAGGUCUGGAGUAGCCCAGCGUAGUGCCCUGUAUCCCAGCUUCUCUGGGCCAAUAUCUCUCUAGCAAGCAGGGGUGCCCCCCGGCAGUUUCUGCAUGGUACGCACAGCUGACCCAUUCUCCCUUCCUUGUCCUUGUUGUAGCAGGUCUGGAGGCUGUCACUGAGUGAGUCCAGUGGGCAGAACACAGGGGCCUGCCCGUGGUACGCACUGUGCGUAAGGAGCAUACAGCUGCGGGUGCCUGACCCUUGUUGGUCACAGGGUCAGCGAGUGGACAUGCUCCAUCCCAGUGACCUCGUCCUCGUCCCUGGACGGAGCAGCCGGACUCUGCCUGCCUAGUGCUCGCCGCAGAAUCAGCUGGCCUCUGGCUGCAGAACAGGGCCUGUGCCGCCGACAGGUCAAGAGGUGCCGGCAAAGGUGGCCUCUGUCCCUGCUUUUCCUUUUCUCUUCUGUGCCCUGUUUUCUAGCCCUGCAAUGAUCAGCUGCUGGGUGAGCACAGAGGGACCAAAGCCCAGGACAGCACCUCCGUGCAUUUAAUGAACAAAGGGAAGUGGGCCAGAUGGGCUCCGUGUCGAGCAUCAGUGAUUAACUGCAGAGCUAUCAAAGGAGAGAGGAAGAAACGUUUCUUGUAGCAGUAAUUCAUCAGCUCUGGCUGGGUGAGAGCUACCCUGGAGCUGUCGAAGUGCAGAUCCUAGAGCCCAGUGGUUGAUGCUACAGGAGCCAGACUUUCAUUUUGCCCUUUCCUAAGAAAAAAAGUGUCCCAUUUCCUGUGGCCUCCAAACUAGGAUUUUCAGGCCUGUGAAAUACACUCUAUGGGGCUAUAGGCCACCGGCUCUCCUCUGCCCUGGUGUGAAUCUGAAGUGACUCCACUGAAAUCAGUGCGUUUAUUUCAGAUCUGCACCAGUGUGUACCUCUGAGUAAAAUCUGGGCUCCUCUUGCUAGAGAUGAAUCUGGAUCAACACCCCAGGUCUGGCCCCCUGGAUCCAGGCCUGUGUUUGGAUCCCGUUUUUGCAGCUCAAACCUCUCUCAGCAGGCCGAAUCCACCCAGCCUGAAAUAUGGCAAGGUUUGGGUGAGGAUCUGGAUUUUGAGCACUCCUCAGGGUCCUCAGGAGCCUUUGCUGCAGGGAUUUGGGGAGAUAUGGGGCCUGAUUCUGCUCUUGGUCACCCCAGGGGAAAGCCAGUGCCAGUGAGAUCAGGGUCAGGGCCGGGACAUGUGGUGCCCGACUCAGAGCUCAGACUCAGAUGCAUCUCUCCCUGCCUCACAGACCCGAGUGGAGUGUUGUAAAGGGGUGGGUGGGGGGUGAGUCUCACCUGGCUUGGGGUUUUGCCUGGCUGAGCUGGGAUCUCUCACCCCACAACAGGUCACCCCAUUCUUCCCUUCCACUGUCUUUUCUGGGAAGUGACCCAAUGACCUUCUACCUGCAAUUCCCCCCCCCGCCCCCGAUUUCUCCCCCAUACUGCCUUCUUCAGGGGAGAAAGACAGCCAGUAAGGUUGUAUCACCAGGGUCUCCCAGAGGUCAAUGUCCAGCCCACUCCCCAUGGCAGAGAGCUGACCCCUCAACUCAAGACUUAGCAGGAAAGUAGAGGGACUGACUGGUUUUCAGCUAGUUUGAUGUGAAAUAUACUUUUCUGGGAUGGUAGCUGCUUGCUACUUGCCCAGCCACAUUGUUAAUUUCUGUUAUUCUCUCUGUUCGCAGCCUACGUGCAGCUACCUCCUGGCUGGCUGCCGAGUGCUUCUUUAAGGCUGUUUCAAGGUUCUAAAUAAUCGACCUGCAAGGCCUAAGCCAGAGUCAUUUUUAACAAACCCUAUUCACGUGCAAUUGUAGAGACCGGCUUCCGAUCUUCCUUCCUGAGCGAUGCUAGAAGAGCAAUAGCUAAACGGCCGCCCUUACGGUAGCUCAAAGGCAAGAGAGAAUACGAGCCCAAGUAUUACACAGGUUGCGUGGGAGUGCUGCACAAGGCACUGUGUUUCCUAUAUGUUGCAUACAUCUUCUGUGUGCAUGAUGUGUUUUUUGCACGUUCCAUGUUGCAUCUUUCAAGGAGCAUUGUGUGUUUGGGUUGCAUGCUGCGGACUGAGUCGACUGGGUCUGGUGGACCUUUCAGACCGCGCAAAUGAAGCCAGGAAAAGCAGAUGUGGAAGCUGGCAGAGCUGACAGGGUGGCGAGCUUUAUUAUGCACAUCGUCACCAUUGCAGCCUUUUGGUACCUGACUGGUGAGCAUCACCCAGCAGGAGCAAUGGUGACCUAGGGCCUGUUCAAAGCCCACGGAAAUGGGCGUCUGUCUAUUGAGUUCAGUGGGCUUUGGAUCAGUCCUGUGGGCACCGGUUGUCUCAGCCUCACCUUAUUUUAAGAGGCUUUAAUUAGAGUAUCAGACAUGGAACGCCUCAAGUGCAAAUGCUAGGUGCCACCAGCAGGCCUAUGUGUUCCAGCAGGCCUGGGUCUGACCUGGCUGCUGCUCUGCUCAGGGGGAGUUUUGUUACUGAUUUCGGGGGGCGGGGGAGGGGGCAGAAUCAGGGAAUAGAUUUGGACCAAGUUCCGCUUGCUGUAAACCCCUCCUCACCUUUCCUUUGGUAUGAAUACUGGGUGUUGAAAGAAUAACAUUGUUUAACCUGUGGGUUACUAAGACGCAGCUGCCUACUAGAGACAACAAAGGCACUGGGAGAGGGAAUGGAGAAGUCACACGGCGAUCAUUGGUUGUACGCUGAGGGAAGAACUUGAAACAUCCAAGGGUCCAGGACCCUUUGGUCUGGCAGAUCCUGAAUUUGGAGCGGCUGCAUGUUUUGAAAGACAUUCUUCUGCCUAGGUGAAAUUCACCCCUGGGCAGAGCCGGACAUGCCACCUAAGUCCCACUUAUGACUUAAAUGUGACAUAGAUCUUGUGCUGGCUUUACACAGAGGGGUGAAUUUCAACCACUCUGUUCCCAGAGGCAGAGAAGGAGUAUCUUUCUCAGGCUUGUAUCUGUAAUUUUCACUCCAUGCAUCUGAAGAAGUGUUUUUUUUUACCCACGAAAGCUUAUGCCCAAAUAAAUCUGUUAGUCUUUAAGGUGC